AUGGCGCGCAAAACCUACAACAUCGCUAUGGUUAGCGACUUCUUCUUCCCCCAGCCCGGCGGCGUCGAGUCUCACAUAUACCAACUCUCGAGCAAACUCAUCGACAGAGGCCACAAGGUCAUCAUCAUCACGCACGCCCACGAUGACCGCAAGGGAGUUCGCUAUCUCAACAACGGCCUCAAGGUCUACCAUGUGCCGUUUUUGGUCAUCUACCGACAGGCCACCUUUCCUACCGUCUUCUCCUUUUUCCCCAUUCUACGAAACAUCUGCAUCCGUGAGCAGAUUGAAAUUGUCCAUGGCCACGGCAGUCUGAGUUCGCUCUGCCACGAAGGCAUCUUGCAUGCAAGAACCAUGGGUCUGAGGACUGUGUUUACCGAUCAUUCGCUCUUUGGGUUCGCGGAUGCUGCCAGUAUCUUGACAAACAAGCUGCUCAAGUUUAUUCUCAGCGACGUGGAUCAUAGCAUAUGCGUGAGCCACACCUGCAAGGAGAAUACUGUGCUUCGUGCAUCACUGGACCCUCUCAUGGUAUCAGUCAUUCCCAAUGCCGUCGUGGGCGAAAACUUUCGGUCCGAGCCAUCCCCUCGCCUUCUCGGCCCCGACGACAUGAUUACCAUCGUCGUCAUCUCCCGUCUUUUCUACAACAAAGGCACAGACCUUCUAACCGCUGCCAUCCCCCGUAUCCUGGAGAACCACCCCAACACCCGAUUCAUCAUCGCCGGCUCAGGCCCCAAGGCUAUUGACCUGGAGCAAAUGAUUGAGACCAACGUGCUACAAGACCGCGUCGAGAUGCUCGGCUCCAUCCGCCACGAGGAUGUGCGCGACGUCAUGACCCGAGGCCACAUAUACCUUCACCCUUCCCUCACCGAAGCCUUUGGCACCGUCAUCGUCGAAGCUGCCUCGUGCGGGCUGUACGUCGUGUGCACCCAAGUCGGCGGCAUCCCCGAAGUCCUCCCAUCACACAUGACGACCUUUGCAAAGCCCGAAGAGGACGACAUCGUGGCCGCCACGGGCAAGGCCAUCACCGCGAUGCGGGCGGGAAAGAUUCGCACUGAAAAGUUCCACGACGAGGUCAAGAAGAUGUACUCGUGGUCCAACGUUGCCAUGCGCACCGAGCGCGUUGGCUACAACGGGAGCCGCAUACGAGACUUUGCGCUCAUUGAUCGGUUGAAGCGGUAUUAUGGUUGCGGCAUCUGGGCUGGUAAGUUGUUUUGUCUGGAGAAUAUCGAUGUUUGUCCAGAUUGGCCGCGGAAGUCGCCUGCAAAGGACAAGGCGCAGGAUUCAAUGAAGAUUGCUCUGAGCAAUCGAUCAACUUCAUCAAUUAGAGUUCCCAAGUUGGAUCGGUGA